GCUCCUGCUGCCGCCGCCGCCGCCUGUGGCGUCGGCCACCGACCGGCCCCGGAGCAGCAACCCUGUCAACCCAGAGAAGUUGCUGGUAAUCACCGUGGCCACAGCCGAGACGGAGGGAUACCGGCGUUUUCUGCAGUCUGCUGAGUUCUUCAACUACACUGUGCGGACACUGGGACUGGGAGAGGAGUGGCGAGGGGGCGAUGUGGCUCGAACAGUUGGUGGAGGCCAGAAGGUCAGGUGGCUGAAGAAAGAAAUGGAGAAAUAUGCAGGCCGGGAAGAUAUGGUCAUCAUGUUUGUGGACAGCUACGAUGUGAUUCUGGCUGGAAGCCCCUCAGAGCUGCUGAAGAAGUUUGUCCAGAGUGGCAGCCGUCUGCUCUUCUCUGCAGAGGGCUUCUGCUGGCCCGAGUGGGGGCUGGCGGAGCAGUACCCUGAGGUGGGCACGGGGAAGCGCUUCCUCAACUCUGGUGGAUUCAUCGGCUUUGCCCCCACCAUCCACAAGAUCGUCCGCCAGUGGAAGUACAAGGAUGAUGAUGACGAUCAACUGUUCUACACGCGACUCUACCUGGACCCAGGACUGAGGGAGAAACUCAGCCUUAAUCUGGAUCAUAAAUCCCAGAUCUUCCAGAACCUCAAUGGGGCUUUAGACGAAGUGGUUUUGAAGUUUGAUCGGAAUCGUGUGCGUAUCCGGAAUGUGGCCUAUGACACACUCCCCAUUGUGGUCCAUGGAAAUGGUCCCACUAAGCUUCAGCUGAACUACCUGGGAAACUAUGUCCCCAAUGGCUGGACUCCAGAGGGAGGCUGUGGGUUCUGUAACCGGGACCGGAGGACACUCCUGGGGGGACAGCCUCCCCCCCGGGUGCUUCUGGCCUUGUUUGUGGAACAACCUACCCCAUUUCUGCCCCGCUUCCUGCAGCGGCUGCUGCUCCUGGACUACCCCCCCGACAGGGUCACCCUCUUCCUGCACAACAAUGAGGUGUACCACGAGCCUCACAUUGCAGACUCCUGGCCACAGCUCCAGGACCACUUCUCAGUGGUGAAGCUGGUGGGGCCAGAGGAGGCCCUAAGCCCAGGCGAAGCCAGGGACAUGGCCAUGGACAGCUGUCGACAGGACCCGGAGUGUGAAUUCUACUUCAGUCUGGAUGCCGACACUGUCCUCACCAACCACCAGACUCUACGCAUCCUCAUUGAGGAAAACAGGAAGGUGAUAGCACCCAUGUUGUCCCGCCAUGGCAAGCUGUGGUCCAACUUCUGGGGAGCCCUGAGCCCCGAUGAGUACUAUGCCCGCUCCGAGGACUACGUGGAGCUGGUGCAACGGAAACGCUCGGGUGUGUGGAAUGUGCCUUACAUAUCUCAGGCAUAUUUGAUUCGUGGGGAGACCUUGAGGACAGAGCUGCCCCAGAGGGAGGUGUUCUCAGGCAGUGAUACCGACCCAGACAUGGCAUUCUGUAAGAUCCUGCGGGACAAGGGCAUCUUCCUCCACCUCAGCAAUCAGCAAGAAUUUGGCCGACUCCUGGCCACUUCCCGGUAUGACACAGACCACCUGCACCCUGACCUCUGGCAGAUCUUCGACAAUCCCCUCGACUGGAAGGAGCAGUACAUACACGAGAACUACAGCCGGGCCCUGGAAGAGGAAGGAAUUGUGGAACAGCCGUGUCCAGAUGUGUACUGGUUCCCACUGCUGUCAGACCAGAUGUGUGACGAGCUGGUGGAGGAAAUGGAGCACUAUGGCCAGUGGUCAGGAGGCCGGCAUGAGGAUUCAAGGCUGGCUGGAGGCUAUGAGAAUGUGCCCACCGUAGACAUCCACAUGAAACAGGUGGGCUAUGAGGACCAGUGGCUGCAGCUGCUGAGGACGUACGUGGGGCCCAUGACGGAGUACCUGUUCCCUGGCUACCACACCAAGACCCGAGCAGUAAUGAACUUUGUGGUCCGCUACCGGCCAGAUGAGCAGCCGUCUCUGCGGCCGCAUCACGACUCUUCCACCUUCACCCUCAAUGUUGCCCUCAACCACAAGGGCCUGGAUUAUGAGGGAGGUGGCUGCCGCUUCCUGCGCUAUGACUGCGUGGUCUCGUCCCCACGGAAGGGCUGGGGGCUCCUGCACCCUGGCCGCCUCACCCACUACCAUGAGGGGCUGCCCACGACUCAGGGCACUCGCUACAUCAUGGUGUCUUUUGUUGACCCUUGACACUCAACCACUCUGCCAACCCUUCCCUGCCGUUGUUUGUGCCUUCUUGAAGGCCUGGCCCCCCAUCCCUGGAAGGGGGACUGUCUUAUCUCCUCACUUCCUGAGUGUGUGUUCUGUGUGCCUGGGACUGAAUGUGUUGCCUUACCCCCAACACACGGCCCUCUCAGGAAGCUCUGGGCCCCUGCUCCUCCCCUCAGCCCCCAAGGCUUCAUGGGGAGAGGGCUUGUGGGGAUUCCCUGUGUGAUAAGUUAUUAAGGUUUCUCAGCCCCCUCCCAAUAAAGGAGGAUUUGUAAUUCUCGA